AUGUUAGGAAAAGGGUUUAACUUGAAUCCCUACGAAAUAAACUUCAAGAUAUUUACGGCUAUAGAAAGAGAAGAGAAGAAAAGACUGAUAUGGUACAAGAAAUAUUGGUUGGAUUGCAAACGAGAAUUUCCAUGCAACCAACUAGAUAGAACCAGACGAAUCGUUGAUGCAAAUUUAUAUGAAGAGUCUCAGGAUCUCGUGUUAAAACAUGAAAAUCUUCUGAAGGCGAACGCAGUGGUCGAACAACGAAAGCGAUUGCCAUAUCAGGAUCUCUACAAGAGGAACUUGCUGGAAAGUUUGAAGCAAAUGCGAGGUUCCCUGCCACUGCCAAACGAUGACUGUCUCUACCAAAAGAUGGAAGACGAUGAGGUUAGAAAGGAACAUGAGGAGAAAUUGAAAUGCGAUAUUCACGAAUCCGUGCGCAAUGUUAGGUAUAGAACUGGUGUCAUCGCAUCUGCUUUGGAAAAAAUGGACAGAGAUAUGAAACGCGCAGGUUAUGUUCCUAGAGAUGAUUACAGUAAUUAUGAUACCGAAAGCAGUGACAUUGGAUGGAGAUGCCACGAAGCAGCUAGCCAGAAUGAAUCAAAUCACCGCAAAUUCCACUUCAUCAAAUAUUUGAGUCAACCUAACGGAGCUCUCCUUUAA